UGCGGCGGUAGCGCGCGCACGAUGUGCACGGUAGUCGCGUGAGUGCCGCGACACACGGAGUGUGACGCGGACAGCUGCAACGGCGGCGACGACAACGACGACGACGUCGAUGCCGACGAGGGCCUCCUCCCCAGGCCACACCAGUGCGUCUCGCCCCUUUCCCCAGGACGGUUCGCUUUCGGCGCGCGAGGGAGGCGAGGUGGUCGAUCGAGAGCCCGACGAGCGUGGCGCGACGCGACCGCGACGGAGGAUCCGGCAGAGGAUACGAACCUCCCUCUUCGGCACCCCCGUUGUGAGGAGGUUGAUACAUACAUCAAAAUGGGUACGACGAACGCACAAACCAAUUCAGAACGCGAUGAGACUCACUCAAGGGGAAGUUCGAUCGACGCAUUCUUCGCUGAAACGGUGAUCCUUUUAACAGGCGCUACCGGCUUUUUGGGGAAAGCUCUUCUGGAAAAACUACUGCGCUCGUGUCCCGUAGCUACAAUUUUCGUUUUGAUCCGUCCAAAAAAGAACCAAUCCGUCGAGCAACGUUUUAAGGAACUAUUGAACAAUCCCGUUUUCGAUAGGAUACGGUCGGAGUUUCCGGGUACUUUGAGCAAGAUCUUUCCCGUGAAAGGCGAUGUAGGUCUACCGGAACUAGGGCUCCAGCCCGAAGACAGGGACAUGCUGAUACAGAGAGUCAACAUCGUGUUUCACAGCGCGGCCACCGUGCGUUUCGACGAGCCGCUGAAAAUCGCCGUUAAUCUCAACACGAUGGGUACCGAUCGUAUGUUGGAUUUGUGCAGACGUAUGACAAACCUUAUUAGCGUCAUUCACGUCAGCACGGCCUACAGUAAUGCCGAUCGACGGGAAAUUGAGGAAUCGAUAUACAUCACGGACGUGAAGCCGUACACGGUGGUCGAUAUGUGUGAAAAUUUGGACGACGAGACGAUAGGAAUAAUAGAGAAGAGAUUGCUCGGCAAACAUCCAAAUACGUACACAUUGACCAAGGGCUUGGCGGAGCAAAUCGUGAUGGCCAAAGGAAGCGGUCUACCGAUCGCGAUUGUACGGCCGAGCAUAGUCUGCGCCGCAUAUCAAGAACCAUUUCCAGGGUGGAUAGACAACAUUUGUGGUAUUACAGGUAUAAUGACGGAAAUUGGUAGAGGUACCGUUAGAAGUAUUGUGUGUAACGCAAAUUUAGUAGUGGACGUUGUACCUGUCGAUUUUGUUGUUAAUACUUUGAUCUGCGCAUCUUGGCAUAAUGUUGUGCAACGUACUGAUACAGUAAAGAUUUACAAUUGUACUAGCAGCACAGUGCAUCCUAUUACAUGGGGUAAAUUUGGGUAUCUCGUAAGAAAACACGCUAUAGAAACUCCAUCAAAAUACGUAAUGUGGUAUCCAGGUUUCACAUUUAGAACCAAUAAAUUUAUUCAUGCCAUCAUGGUGGCAACAUUGCACUAUCUACCUGCAUUCAUCGUAGAUCUUAUAUUAAGAGUCCAAGGCUGCAAGCCCAUAAUGAUGAAGCUCACCAAACGAUUCGAACGUGCUGCCAAAACCGGAGAAUUUUUCGCGAUGAACGAGUGGAAGUUUUAUGCGGGUAACAUGAUGAAACUGGUGAAAUUUGUAAGUGCAUCGAAAGAUUGCAGUAACUUCGACGUGGAUAUUAAAAAUAUGGAUUGGGAUAUGUACUUACAUCAGUACAUGUUAGGAAUCCGAAAGUAUAUCUUGAAGGACAGUUUAGACACAUUAAAUAACGCUCGAAGUCGAUUAAUAAGGUUGUACUGGAUGCAUAAAUUCACCAAAAUACUUAGUAUAUUUGCGUUACUAGGAAUGAUUAAAUGCGCCGGUCGGUGAUGUCAUUGGAAUCUAAAUCGCAUUCUACGCGAUCGGUGAAACGCCGCAAAAGUACUCGUAAGAGGAAAUAUUUAAAGAAGAUGUAAAACCCACCCUUGUCUCGAAGAUUAAAACAUGAAAAACCUUAUCAAGUAUUAAUACACUAAUUAAAUAUUAAUGAGAAAGAAAGAGAAAGAGAAAGAGAGAGAGAAAGAGAGAGAGAGAGAGAGAGAGAGAGAGAGAGAGAGAAAGAGAGACAGUAUUUUGCUAGAUAUUGAAUGCAGAAUGCUAUUGAUAUUGUAGAACAUUCGUCUUUUCGUACAUAUUUCACAUUUUCCACAAUGCUGAAUUAGCUUCGCAGAGCUGUUUUAACCUCCUAAUCGUACAAUCGAUACGUACAAAUGAAAUAUGUGUCAUGUUUUCAGCCAUUUAAUCAAUGUAAAGUCCGUCAAGUGAUAGAGUUAGAGACAAGAACUUGCAAACGCUUUUCUGUAAAUCUGCAUCAAAACAUCUCUUCUGCCAAUAGAGUUAUCAUGUCAUUGCAUCAUGAAAGAAUAAUAAUGUAUUUUGAACGAUUAGAUACAAAAUAUUUUUGAUGAUACAGCAUAAAAAUGAAGGUGUAGAUACCUUACUAUAUAAUCAAUAUGUGUUGUAUCUUGGUUAUUGCGAUCUAACUCUCUUCGAGCCUUAUGAUAUUUAAAUGUUAAGAUAAAAAUCAUGUUUUUGAUAAGCGCUUACAGACCAAGUAUAUCGAGCGCGUCACAUAUGAAUAUGCAAAUUAAACUGCGCAUAGUACAACACAAACAAUCGAAAUUUUUAAAUAUAAUAGUACUUACGAAGACUGACCUUAAUCAAAAACGAUAUCUUUUAAAAAUGAUACAUUUAAAAAGUAAAGAAUUUACAUUAUUGCCUUACUAAUUAUUAUCAAUAUAUCAAAACAAAAGUUCUUUUUACUAAUCCAGAGAUAUUCUAACGAUCACGAUUAAACUAAUAAAUUAUAUUUAUAUCACUCUCGAGAACGGAUAAAUUUGUUUAUAAUAUUUAAAAAAGCAAAAUAUUUUUUGAAUACUUGUGUCGUGUAAGAAAUUACCAUUUAUCUCUUUGUGAAACAAGGAAUUAUAGAUAGGUAAUUAUGACAAAAUAAUUGUAACAAAUUUUAAUAAAAGUUUGUUACAAUUUCAAGGUGUUUUUACUACCUGGAAAAUCGGAAUCACAUAGAAUUCUUCUUACCUUUAAAAAUUAUAUAUUUUCAUGAGAUUUUAUUCAUGCUUUUAUUAAAACAAUUUUUGAAAUUUUAUUUUUAAAUAAAAAAUUUUUUAUUCAUUUUAAUUUUAAUUUAUUUUUUCUUGAAAAAUGUCAAUUAGCAAUAAAUAUGGCAUACACGUUCACGUACAUUACGUCGCAGAUUUUUAUUUUAAAAAAUUAGCAAUAAAAGACACAGUAUCAUUGGCAUUGUGUGUUCAAUUACUUUUCGAAUUCUAUUUUGUAAAAAUUCUAUUUUCAAUGAACUACAUUUAUAUUAUGAACAAAUUGUUGUAUGCCAUUGAAUAUAUAUUUCUUUUUAGUACUGUUUCAAAUUUAAUAUUUAAAAUUUGAAUGACUUUUCUGUAAUUAAUUAAAAAGAAGCUUGAAAAUAUACAAUAAAAUAAAUUCAUUUUAAAGUUAUAUUAAAAGUUCCAUAAUGCUAUUUGGAAAAUUUUAAAUAUAACUGGAAUAUUACUUAGGGAACUCUUUUAACAUAUCUAAAUGAACGCUCUGAGUUUGUAUCAGCUAGGUAAUUAUCUUGACAAAAUAAUUCAUACACAAGAAACUAAGCAAAUUCUCUUAAAAUAGUGACAUAUAUUUUACAAAUAUUUAUAAUAUUACAAAUAAAUAUGAAUAUAUUUGUAUUUCUUACAUGUAUACAUUUGCAGUUUGAUUUCUAGGUGAAACAUUAAUGUAUGGACUUUUGGAAAAAAAGUGGCAUCAAUCGUGAUAUGUAAUUUAUAUGUAUAUAUUUGCUAUACUCUUUCAUUUUUCUUUGAUAUUGAUUGUGUAACAAAAAUACAUAUUAUGUUAAUCUAGAUAAAUUAUUGUUAGAUAAAGAAACUAUUCAUUCGCAAAAUAUAGUAUUACAAAAGCGACAACCUCAUAAUUUUUGUUAAUUUUUGACAAAUAUUUAACGCAUGUCCAAUACAUGCGUGUUUCUAAGCUUGAGCUUUCAACUCUAAAUCAUUUUCUUUAAGUGUAAUAACAUCAUCAUAGAUAAGCAUGGACAAACUAAUGAAAUGUUCUUAAUAUUAAGCAACGUCAUAAUUAUGUUUUUAUAUACAUUAAUGUGUAUAUAAUUAUAUUGUUAUCAUGUUUCAAACUUGUACAAGACUUGUAAUUACAUAAAACAUAUUUGUAAUUAA